AUGGCUACAGAAAACGACCGUCUGCAAGUCGUUUUUGCAGCAGUAGUGCAUGACGCACGUGGUCGAGCAACUGGACAGAAGUUAGGGCGCACUGGUUUACGAAAUUUGUACGACGGCGGGGGCAAGAGAGCCAGCACUGGCGAGGUCCUGGACGAUAAAGGCUAG